AAUAGCUAGAAAUUUCCCCCAAAAAAGAUUUCCUUUUUCUGCACUUCACCAGGUUUGUCUACUUCUUGAUCUACCUGGGCACGACAUGGAUCCAAGAUUGUGAUUCAAAUUUCAAAGUAAGGUGUUCCUGUUCUUGGAGGUUUUCAAUUUUCAAGGAGGGGAAGAAGGAAUCAAGAGUACUAAGGUUUCUAAAUCUAAGAAGGUAUGGGAGAAUCUGCUUGUCUCAUGCAAACUACCUUCUCUCAGGCUUCUGAUACUACUACCCAUGAAACUAGAGAGGGGAAUCCGAUGCAUGCACUUGCAGGAUCGGUUUCUUUCGGAAGGUUCUUAUCAGAGUCCUUAGCUUGGGAGAAAUGGUCAUCCUUCUCUCACAAUCGGUAUUUAGAAGACGUAGAAAAAUACUCCAGGCCUGGUUCAGUCGCUCAGAAAAAAGCUUAUUUUGAAGCCCAUUACAAGAAAGUUGCAGCUAAGAAGGCAGAAGCAGCUGCUGGUUCUACUCCUCAACCAGAAACCCAAGAUGGAGUUCACAGCAAUCCUGCCCUGGAUUCACAGAUGGAAAAAUGUGAUGACCAUGUGGCUGUUGAUGAGCCACGGCAAGCCACAGUCCCCAACAUGGAGGAAGGUUUCAUCAUUGAUUCAAGCAGACGUAAUUCCAUUUUUGAAAUGGAUCGCAUGGUAUCAAAUAAGGUGGAAGUAGUAGAUCCAGUAAUAGAAGACCAGGUUCUUGAGAAGAACUCUCUAGUGGUUGAAUCAUCACAGCUUGCUGAUGUUGGGAACCGUAACAUGCUUACUGAGGUGGAGCCUAGUGGAACCAUCCAAAUGAAUCAGACACAUUCAGAGGUUGCUGCUAGGCCGGAGAGUUUGACUUCAACAACCAAUGCAAAACCAAUGGCAUCGUCCUUGAAACCAUCAGCUUACAGCAGGGAACGAAUGCUUUCAUCUUCUCCGGCCAAAUCAACAACUACUAUUCCUUCCAGAAAGGAAAAUCUAGCCACUCCAAACAAUAAGAAGUCCGCAAGAGAUCCAGUGCAGAAGAAGUUCCCAACUCCAAAAUCACUCCAUAUGUCGAUUAAUUUUGCUUCCAAUCAAGAGAAUUUGGCUUCAGCUACCAAGACAAACCCAGCACUUUCUUCCUCAAAGCCAUCGGCUUACCGAAGGGCAUCAGAGCUUCAAUCUCCAACUGCCAAAUUGACAACUCCUCUUCAUUCCAGAAAGGGAAAUAAUCCCACUCCAAACAGUAAAAAGUCCGUAAGAGAUCCAGGGAAUAAGAAGUGCCCAACUCCAAAAUCACUCCAUACAUCGAUUAAUUUUGCUGCUAAUCAGGAGACGGUGGCUUCAGCUACUAAGACAAAAUCAUUUGUUUCUUCCUCAAAGCCAUCAGUUUACGGUAGAGCAUUAAAGCUUCCAUCUUCCCCUGACAAAUCCUCAACUGUUCAUUCCAGAAAGGAAAAUGCCACUCCAAACAGUAAAAAAUUUGCAAGUGACUUGGUGAAUAAAAAGUGUUCAACUCCAAAAUCACUCCAUAUGUCAAUUAAUGCUCCAUCUGGCGCUGGUGAAACUAACAAAACAUCUUCAGCUCAGAAAAAGAUUGCAGAUUCAAGGGGAUCUGGAAGUGUGUCGACCUCUAAGCACUGUCCAACUCCUCUAAGAACCCCAACCAUGGCAUCUGUGAAUGGUUUGCCAAAGAAUCCUUCUGUUACUCCUCAGUCAGAGCAAAAAAGUACCAGAACAGAACUUGGUUUCACAUCCUCUGGAUGCAGUAAAGUGGGUGCAACAUGGCACUCUCUCUCCACGGAUCAUUCGAAGUCUUUGAGCGCCGGUGGAGGCAUAACGCGGUCGCCGACUGUAUCUUCUCCAUUUAGCUUCAGAACUGAUGAAAGAGCUGCAAAAAGAAAGGAGAAACUGGAGAAUAAAUUCAAUGCAGAGGGGGCACUGAACGUGCAGCUUCAAAAGAAGCCUAAGGAAAAGGCUGAAAAUGAGCUUAACAAACUGCAUCAAAGCUUCAGCUUCAAGGCAAAGCCAAUGCCAGACUUUUAUCGUGCAACAGGGUCAGGAAAGAAUCAGAUUAAGAAGGUACCUCUAUAUUGUGAUGCUCCAAUACUCCUCAUAAAUAUAUGCUAACAGAAUUUCUUUCUUUUUUUUUUAAUUUAAUGAUGGUUACUCAUUUAGAGUGCCUCAAUAAGAGUAUUAGGUCAGCUUCUUAUGUUAAAAUAAUUC